AUGAAAAGCAUGGCGACGCUGAUGAGGAACAAGCAAAACGAUGAGGAGGCUGAAGCGGAUUCGACAGCUGACUGCAGAGUCAGGGGGUGGCGUGGUCCAGUGGUAGCCAAACGGCAAGUAGCUGUGAGCGCAUGGAUUCGACGAGGUGUAGGAAGUGGCGCUGAACGCGACGCGACGACCACGAGGAACAGAGCGAACGAGAAGAGGCCAAGUGGCGCAUCAAUCAACAAUAUAUUAUUGCAGCAUUGGUGGAGUAAGGAGGACGCAACGACCACCAGCGGAUACACGGACUGA